AUCCAAGGUCACUCAAGCCCCAAUAUCACGUGGUUCCAUGGUGGCCAGCCAAUUGCCACUGCCAUAAGACUGACAUAUCAAGUCUUGGCAACAGGACAGAUUCUUCGGGUUGCAAAUCUCAGUGGCGAGUCUCAAGGGGAAUUCAGCUGCCUUGCUCAGAAUGAGGCAGGAAUGCUCAUGCAGAAGGCUUCUCUAGUGAUCCAAGAUUACUGGUGGUCUGUGGAUAGACUGGCAACCUGCUCAGCUUCCUGUGGUAACAGGGGCAUCCAGCAGCCACGCCUGAGGUGUCUCCUGAACAGCACGGAAGUCAACCCCAGUCACUGCACAGGGAAGGUGCGCCCUGCUGUGCAUCCCAUUGCCUGCAACCGGAGAGACUGCCCUUCUCGGUGGAUGGUGACCUCUUGGUCUGCCUGUACACGGAGCUGUGGGGGAGGUGUCCAGACUCGUCGGGUGACCUGUCAGAAAUUAAAAGCUUCUGGGAUCUCCACUUCUGUGCCUAAUGACAUGUGCACCCAGCUUGCCAAACGGCCUGUGGAUACCCAGGCAUGUAACCAACAGCUCUGUGUGGAGUGGGCCUUCUCCAGCUGGGGCCAGUGCAAUGGGCCGUGUAUUGGUCCCCGCCUAGCCGUGCAGCACAGGCAGAUCUUCUGUCAGACCCGGGAUGGCAUCACCCUACCAUCAGAGCAGUGUAGCACUCUGCCAAGGCCUGUGAGCACCCAGAACUGUUGGUCUGAAGCCUGCAGCGUACAUUGGAGGGUCAGCUUGUGGACCCUGUGCACGGCAACCUGUGGCAACUACGGCUUCCAGUCCCGGCGGGUGGAAUGUGUGCACGUUCGCACCAACAAGGCAGUACCCGAGCACCUGUGCUCCUGGGGGCCCCGGCCUGCCAACUGGCAGCGCUGCAAUAUCACCCCCUGUGAAAACAUGGAGUGCAGAGACACCACCAGGUACUGCGAGAAGGUGAAACAGCUGAAACUCUGCCAACUCAGCCAGUUCAAAUCUCGCUGCUGUGGAACUUGUGGCAAAGCAUGA